AUAAAUUUAUUUACUAGGAUCAACACUUUUCAAUAAUAUUUAAGUUAAUAAUAAUUUAAUAAACAUAAUCUUUUAAAUUUUAUAAUUUCAUUAUUAACUAAUAAAAAAACAAAAAAUGGUGGCAACAAGUUACCAAUUAUAAACACAGAUAUGAAAAAAAUUAAAAUAAUUUUUAAAAGACAAAAACAGUGUCAAGACGAUGACCAAGCCUCUCAAAAUAUUCUGCGAACUAGCUCUAUAUGACAGAGAGGAAGAAUCGCCACAAAAGAAGAAAGCUUAAGCAGCAAGAUAUUGAUUUCUCCCUAAUUUUUUUUUAAUAUUCCUCUUCACACGUCUUCUCACCCUUCUUCUUAUAUAAAAAGGAAGCUCUUAUUAGACUUUUGAUUUCAUUAGUGGCAAGUUUCGGCACCGAUAAAGUCAAGAGCUUUUGCUUUCCAGGUGAAUUUCGGUGGUGGUUUGAAAGCUCUCUUCUUAGAAAAAUGGCUGAGAGGAACUGGUUGGUUUCGUUAGAGGAUCUCCCUUCUCAUUUGAUCUUGGAGGUGUUAACCUCACGCCGGCUUAACGCGGUUGAUCUACUUAGCUUGGAGUUGACCUCUAAGGUAUUUGGAGGAAGCUCUGGAUUGUCGUACCCUUUGAAAUUUAGAUCGCUAGUUGAUUACGCGGCGUCUCAGCUCUGCUCUGUGCAUCCUGUGUACGUGGGGAUGGGGUUUACUACACAGAAAGAGCUCUUUGCUAACUGUGAGGGGAACUGGAAGAGGCUUUUGAGGUUCUUGCAGUCUGUUGAGCAGUCCUCAGAUAUGGUUCAAACCUCUGCAGGCAAUAUGCAAGUUACAACAGGGAGGUAUCACACGUUGCUAAUCAACAACUCAAAAGUCUACUCUUGUGGUUCGAGUUUGUCUGGUGUUCUUGCUCAUGGCCCAGAAACUACUCAAUGUGUAGCAUUUACGCCUAUAGAGUUCCCGUUCUCUGCUAAAGUUGCUCAGGUCUCAGCCACACAGAACCAUUCUGCUUUCGUGUUGCAAUCUGGAGAGGUUCUUACAUGUGGGGAUAACUCAUCGCAUUGCUGUGGUCACUUAGAUACUAGCCGUCCAAUAUUUAGGCCUAAGCUUGUUGAGGCUUUGAAGGGAACUCCCUGUAAGCAGGUUGCUGCGGGGCUGCACUUCACUGUGUUUCUAUCAAGGGAAGGGCGUGUGUUCACAUGUGGAUCAAACACACAUGGACAGCUUGGUCAUGGCGAUACCUUGGACAGUCCAAUACCCAGAGCUGUUGAAUUUUUCCAAAGCGUUGGCCCUGUGGUGCAAAUUGCAGCUGGACCGAGCUAUGUGCUAGCUGUGACGCAGGAUGGCUCGGUUUACUCGUUUGGCUCUGGUUCUAGCUUCUGUCUUGGUCACGGAGAGCAGCAGGACGAGCACCAGCCACGUGUUAUUCAGGCUUUUAAAAGAAAAGGUGUUCAUAUACUCCGUGUCUCUGCAGGGGAUGAACACGCCGUGGCACUUGAUUCAAAUGGCCGUGUAUACACAUGGGGUAAAGGCUACUGCGGUGCUCUAGGCCAUGGAGACGAAAACGACAAGAUCACUCCUCAAGUUUUGGUCAGUCUCAACAACUGCCUUGUUGUCCAGGUGUGUGCAAGAAAGAGGAAGACAUUUGUAUUAGUGGAAGGUGGAGUAUUGUAUGGGUUUGGGUGGAUGGGAUUUGGAAGCCUUGGGUUCCCGGACAGAGGAGUUUCAGACAAAGUCCUGAGGCCGAGAGUGUUGGAGAGUCUGAAACCACACCGUGUCUCUCAAGUUAGCACCGGUUUGUAUCACACCAUUGUGGUCACGCAAACUGGACGCAUAUUCGGUUUUGGAGAUAAUGAAAGAGCUCAGCUUGGUCACGACUCACUCCGUACCUGCUUAGAACCUACCGAGAUCUUUCUCCAUUGUGGCCGGUCUCGUAACCAACUUUGUUGAUACAAAGGUACAUAAUCAAACAUGUUUGUAUGAACCGGAUUGAUAUGUUUGAUCUCUUUUUUUUUAUUUGAUUCAUGGGAUUGUAUCAAAGAUAUAUAUAUACGGUUCGGUGGAUCAUAGAUACUUACAGUGUGAAUUUUUGAGGCCUUAAAAUAAUGUAAAAGUGUUGAUUUA